CAGAGGAAGCUCUGGAGACCAUUGGCCACCUCUUCUGUCUGCUGUCAGUUGAAAAUCUUGAGAGUCGUGUUUACUGGUUAACCAAAUGGUUCACGACUCUGACUUCCACAGCAGUGAGGCCACUCUACAUGUGCAAGUGUCUCUGCGGCGUCCUGAAAGCCCUGUACCGCAGCAAACACGGAGGUCGCAAGGUACAAUCCUGGGCAGAGGAGCUGGCAGGCAUCCUCCUGAAGCAGAUGAGUGACAAAGAGAGCCAGCCACCAGCUCUUUGUGAUGAGACCGAAACAUUAUCCCUGAGGGCAUUUAACCUGUUGAGCCACUUAUGCCUGGACACCACAGUCCAUGUUCUGAAGAGGGCAAUAACCGCAGAAGAGGAGCCCACAGUGCUGGCAGCACUUGAGGCCUUCAGGGAGGUGAUCCAUGGAGCACCACAAGCGGAAACGCUGAAGAGGGAGGUGCUGGCUUCGGUUACUUCAGUGAUACAGAAGGAUCGAAGACCAGUGCGCAUGGCCCUCCUGAGAUUCCUGGAGGCGCUGGGGCAGCGUGACUACCUGAGCCUUCCCGAGGGCAGGGUGGUCAUAGAUUACCUCCUGAAGCUCAGCCAGUGGGACUCCUCGAAUGAAGCGGACAUUGGACUCAUGUCUUUGAAAGUCCUGCAGACGGUGUCCUUGCCCGUUCUUAUCAGCAUGCUAUGUGAGCCCGGCAACACCUCAGCUUUCGUGGUCUUGAGUGACACAGCCACAGAGGUGGCUCUGAGGGAACAAGCGCUGGGGCAGCCCCCCUACCUCAGCAGCUUCUAUGUCAGGACGCCUGAGUUCGUCUCCCCACAGCACCUGCUGAGCCAUCUGGUGGUAAGUGAUGCCAGGAUGGACAUCUCCCGCUGUCUACCUGUCUACCGGAUUGUUCCACAGUAGCUGCAUCCUGCGCUG